AUGGGGGGAAAGCAGAGCACGGCGGGGCGGCCCCGGGGUGCUUUCCCCGGUGUCUCUACGGAUGACAGCGCGGUGCCACCCUCGGCCCACUUCGGCCACUACCGGCCGAGCGGCACCAUGGGCCUGCGGAGCCGCUCGGUGAGCUCCGUGGCCGGGAUGGGCAUCGAGCACAGUCCCGCCGUGCCCUUCGGCUUCUACACCCCCAGAGGGACGGACUCGGAUCGAGCCGGAGGGGGGUCAGGGGGCACUACCGCCGCCCCUCACGGUACCGGCUACCAGGACACUGGGGGCGGAGGGCACCACACGGACGGGGUGCUCUAUCUGGGGUCCCGGGGGUCGCUGGCUGACACCUUGCCCCUGCACAUCGCACCCCGCUGGUUCAGCGCGCACAGCGGAUUCAAGUGUCCUGUCUGCUCCAAGUCUGUGGCGUCCAAUGAAAUGGAAGUUCACUUCAUCAUGUGUCUAAGCAAGCCCCGCCUCUCCUACAACGAUGAUGUGUUGGCGAGGGAUGCCGGUGAGUGUGUGAUCUGUCUAGAGGAACUGCAGCAAGGGGACACCAUAGCCAGACUGCCGUGCCUCUGCAUCUACCACAAAAGCUGUAUAGACUCAUGGUUCGAGAUCAAUCGGUCUUGCCCUGAACACCCCUCUGACUGACUGACCACUAGGCCCACUAAGAAUACUGCUCAAGGACAUCUCAUGGUCCUGCCAUGGAUAUCUGGACACAGGCGCAACCAAAUCUGAAGAAACAAUCAAAGCGAUCAACACAUACUUAUCCUGACAGAAUCCAUCAUCCUAACCAAGAUAAUUAUUCCUCGUGAACUGAACCAAAAAAACGUGACUGUCAAACCAACGCCAUCGUACAUUAAAGGGCCCCUCCCGAGCCCUCCAUUUUAUGUCUGCUGAAGAGGCUGCUUACAACCCCUCCCUCCCUUCCUUCCCUCCCACUCCUCCAGGCUAACAGAGUCCCUCAAAGGGCUUCACCGGUCUCAACUCCUCCCCCCUAACUCAACCGAGGCCAGCUGCCUCCCUGACGUGCUCAGGUCCUCACAGGCCUCCAGCUGCCGGCCUUCCUUCUCGUAUCUGGAUCGAGGCCCGUCAGUCAUUUGUGUCCAGCCCUCCCAUGGCCUUAACUGGAGAGAGGUGAGGAAGCAGAGCAGCAAUAGGGCAGGAGGGAGGAGGAAGGAAACCACACAAGGAAGACAGAAGAAGAAGAGGAUGAAAAUGAGGAGGAAACCAUCAAAUGGAGGAUUGUCGAGUUGCAGAAGCUACGUGAAACAGACCGGACUAACUUGUACAUUAUUCGGUGGGCCUCUCAUCUCACAACAGGACUCCAACUCGGUGACGUCCUCUCAUAACAGCCCGGUGUGCUUUCUUUCUUAUAGUCCCUGCCUCAGUUCUGUGCUGUUCCUCGCCAAUUUGACUAAUAAUAAUCCAAUUAAAAAGUCCCCAAAAUGCUUCUUAGAUUUGGUUCCAAGACAUCCUCCACACCAGAGUGCACACCUGGGCAGGCAGGGAGGGAUAGAGGUAAAAAAGAAAAAAAAAACUGGGAUGUCAGCUUGUCUUGUAUGUACAGGAUGGAGGGGGAGAAUCUAAAGAUGGACUGGGGCUGGAGAGGAGCUGUCUGAGCAUGCUCAGUUAUGAUCGGGAGGGGGGGAGGGAGAAUAAGACGGGCCAGCAAUGUAGUUUACACUACGACUGUGUAACGUGUGUGUCAGGCUUCACCUGGUAUGUGUACGUACACUGUAUGUGUGUGUGUGUGUGUGUGUGUGUGUGUGUUUGUAUGUGUGCGUGUGGGUGUGUGAGCUUAGAACGGUGACAACAUAGCUUUUGCUGAAGCCUCAUGUGUGUAUGUGUGUGUGCGUGUGUGUGUGUGUGUGUGUGUGUGUGUGUGUGUGGGUCUGUGUAUUGAAAUGUUUACAGUCUAGAUGUCCAUGUUCCCUGUGUGCGACUGGCAGUCCUCCCUUUACUUUGCUGAUGUUUACAGCUACAGAGAAGCGACAUGACAUAUUGUAAAUUACACAUGUAACCUCUCUCAGUUCAUCUCCUCUUUCUUUUUAGACCUGCCAGAUUUUUCAUGUGAUCAUGGAUUAGUCAUUUUCUCGUGAGAGCCUCAAGAGUGUGUGUGUGUGUGCGUGUGUGUGUCUCCGUGUGUACGACUGUUUGUGGGGGUGUGUGUGUGUGUGUGUGAUUCAAAAGGCGCCUCUUGGUCUAUGCUACUGUCGGUUCCCCACAUUGUGUUUCUGCUAGAAUAGGUCUGGCUGACUGCGUGUGUGGCCGACUGGAGAUGUGACCCGCUCCGACCCGGAAAAAGGACUCUGUAGUCCCACUGUGGAUCCACUGAACGGGGCUUAUUUAUUCAUUUGUUCAUAUUUAACAAUAUUUGUUUAAUAUUCCAAUCAUGUGAGGUGUUACUCACUCUUCAGAAUGCCAAGAGCUGAUGUAUGACGACUACUACAAAUCAACAUACAAACAACUGCAUUUACAAAGCUACUGUAAACAAAUGGUGGAAUAAAUUGUGCUAGAUGACA